AUGGACUGCAAGUGUCCUGAAGACCAAAAACGUCGGAAUUAUUAUAGAUAUUAUGAUACUCCUGAUGGUUGUGAUAUUGAUAAAAAGGUGGUAGUGGCAGCUCGCUACGGCGUAAUAGCAGGCCUGGUAAUAUCUACCUACGAUAUUCUUAUGUUUAGCCGUGCGAUGGGAUUUAUGCCAAUGUUAAAAAGAUACAUCUACCACACUGUCCCGUUAGGUUUGAUGGGAGCGACCUUCGCCGUGGUCUCAAACGGAUUACUGCGUUUUAGAGAGGCUGACGAUCGUUGGAAUUAUUUUGCAGCUGGAGUCGCCUGUGGGCCAAUCCUAGCCGCCUAUUUACGGUCAGGCCACGGGAUUGCUGCUGGAGGCUUCCUCAUGGGAAUUGCCGGCAUCAUUAAAAAAGAUACUGUCGACAGCAAAGGCGUUUUUUUCCCAGAUUUCAAAACUAAGAUGGGACAUGUUAGGCAGUGGAGGAAUGACUACAGCUUGGUACCGGACCCUCGUGACGAACUACUCCACACUUGCCAAAGGGACAAAUGA